AUGGGUAACUACGUUUCAUGUUCCUUAAUGCAUGGAAACGGGAAGUACUCAAAGGCUACAAAAGUAAUUUUUCCCAACGGGGAAAUCCAUAAGUUUCAAGAACCAAUCAAAGUGGCUGAACUGAUGAUGGAAUCACCGAACUCGUUUGUUGUCAACUCCAAAUCUCUUCGCAUUGGGGCACGGUUUUCUGCCAUGAAUGCAGAUGAAGACCUUGAAUUUGCAUGUGUAUAUGUCAUGUUUCCAAUGAAACGAGUUCACUCAGUUGUCACCAGUACUGACUUAGGUUCUCUUUUUUUAUCUGCUAAAAAGAUUGGAAGGAUUGCUCCAGAAAACGUGUCAACCCCACCGAGUAUGAAACUGGAUGAUAUUGAAGAAGAAGUGUCGUCCUUUGAGUUUAAACGUCGGGCUUCGAUGUGUAGAUCAAAGAAGCCAUUGUUAGACACCAUUGAGGAAGAGCAAGUUUGCUCCCGAUGA